GCUGCUCCGACGCCACUAGUCUUGGAUGCAGCUCCACCGCGCAUCCUCUCUCCCACUCCUCCUCUCGCAAUCAAUUGCUUAGGGGACUGUCUCGGUGCUAAUCAUACACACACACAGCAGCUGCAUCGAGCUAAUUAAGCGAGCAAGCAAGCCCGGUCUCACCACUACCCCCUGCUGCUGCUACUGUCGAUUUAGGGGUUUCAUGAGAUGAUAGCUCUUGCGACUCUGUGUUGUUGUGGCGCUACCCACUCGUGAGGGAGGGACCCAAUUCUAGGAGAAGGGUAGGGAGAGUUUUAGCUGCUGCAGGUUGGGUUUGUGUUGAUGCUUUGAGUUGUAACCGACUGUUCGUGCGCAGCAACGUUUUUUUUUUUUUUUUUUUUUUUCAGUUAAUUCAUGGAAACAGUGUAUGUAGAGUUGCUGCGCAGGUGGAAUUCGAAUUGAGGACGCGUUUCGAAUUUGCUGUAGGGUUGACGACGUCAUUUUGUUGCUCUUGAGCGGUCAACGGAGCAAGAUGUCUUUUGGGUUGCCUUUUAGACCUCAUAAAUUUAGUUCGCGCGAGGUUCCGACUGGAAAUCUCGUGCCGUUUAGACUCUGUGGGGGAAGAAAUGCUGGGGGCAAGCAUUGCACGAUUUUUCACAAAGAAGGAUAUGAAUGGCGAUGGCGGAGCUUGCAGGUCUCGUUCCGCACGAGGGAGGAAGUUUUUCAGUCCUUCGUUGUCUUCAAAGCUGCGGAAGAACGAAGGGAUUAUGUCGGACGUAGAGCAGGAAUUUCCGGCGGAACGUUGCUGGGAGCAUAUAUUUCGUGCGUUAGACCUCCUCAGCAUCAUCUUUAUGUCCAUUCGGCAUUCUAUGAUGAUGUACCGCACAAAUUAGAAUGGCGUUUAUUACGACAGCCUCCAGACGAGACAUCCAAUUCCACCCGCUGCUCCCCAACCGUCACGGAAUGCAGUGGUGCAGCGGAUCGUCAUGUUAAUGUGGCAGGAUCGUCCAACUUAACGGUGCGGUUCGACAUGGAUUCAAGUGACCAAGGAAAGGAGGAAAUUAUGUGGGCGAACGAAAGUGUGACAACUGCAAGUAGUGCCUUGGCUCAGUGGCGAUCAGCUCGCACUCGAAGUGGCCAAGACGUAGUUGACUGGGGACGAUAUCAUCUCCAGGUUAUGUUUGUGGAUAGAUCACACAGAGCGCGGGCUCGUUUGGCAGAGGGACUCUUUGAACGCAUCGCUGCUUGGAACGGAUUCGGUCUGAUCCUCUAUGGCCAUUCAUGUGGAAUCAGUGCAAUAGAGGGCGAACUCCCAUCUAUGAGCUAUCAGGGUGAAGGGCAGAGGCUUGGUGUAGCUCGUCAUGUGUUUAAAUCUCCAGCAACGACUCUUGAUCGUAGUGACCUCGACAGUUAUGACCUGAUAGUAGCUAUGGACAUUGAAGUUAGGGACGAAGUUCUACGCUUGGCAGCCUCUGGGCCUUCAAAUGACAUUUCCUACGCCAACAAGGUUCGAUUAAUUAGCGAGUUUGCUACCUACGGUGUAGGUACCACAUCCUUGCUGGAAGAUAGUCUGCUAGAAAUGAUCCAACCCGAUCUACCUCAGGCCUGCGCAGCACUUGAGGUUCAGCCCACGUAUAUGUCACAAUAUUCAAAAUGGCGUGUUAUGGUGGCUACCAUAUCAAUGUGCUGUGCAGGUUUGAUUCAAUUUCUAAUGGAUGCAUAUCCAGAUGACCUUCCCGACUAUGAUCCUGUAGAUUAGUUGGUAGGCUCUUCGGAAACAAUCUUCUCAUCAGUGGUUCCUCUUCUGUAGAGGUAGAAACUGACAUUUUGUUGUAUAAAAAAAUGUACACAAUAAUAUCAUGGGGGUAAAAAAUUGGUGCUGUAUGCAAGUUUAUGGUCUUUAUCUAUUGAAAAGAGGUGAAAUACAGUCGCCUCCCAUUCUCGUGGAGUUGUUAAGGUA